CCUCUUAGCACAAGUCUCUCUCAUCCAUCAACUUUGUUCAGGUCGGUUGCAGAUGGCCUCGGUUAUCCCCUGUACAUUCUUACAGCAAAUUACUUCACUUCAUCCCCAUUUCAUUCACUCCCACUGCGUCUCUGUUGCGACGAAGAUCCUCCGUUUAAUCAGUAAUUCCGUGCUACUUUUUUCUUCGAAUUUUUAUCUCGGAAAAGGAAGCUGACCCCGCUCAAUUUCUCCAUAUUUCAGGACCAAAUUUGAAGUGAAAUGAAGCAAAGACAAACACCCAAGUCCCUUUCCAAAAUGAUGGAGAUGGAUUUGGAUAGAAUUAGCAACCUACCGUGUCAUGUUAUAGAUCAAAUUUUGUCAUGUUUGCCAAUUAGGGAGGCAGUGCGAACAAGUGUUUUGUCGACCAAAUGGAGGUACAGAUCUGCUAUGCUUCCACAGCUUGUGUUUGAUAACCACUGUGUCUCGCCUCAAAACCAAUCAACCUUCGUCAACAUUGUUGAUCAUGUGCUUUUACUUCACAUUGGUCCCGUACACAAGUUCAAGCUGUCAAACAGGGACUUUGUGGCCACUACUGAUAUCGAUCGGUGGAUUCUUCAUCUGUCAAGAAGCUCUAUCAAAGAGUUCAUACUUGAAAUUUGGAAGGGGCAGCGCUACAAAAUGCCAUCAUGCUUAUUUUCUUGCCAGGAUAUGACUCAUUUAGAGUUGUUUAAUUGUUUGCUUAAACCUCCAUCGACUUUCAAAGGCUUCAAGAGUUUGAAGAGCCUUGACCUUCAGCAUGUUACCCUGGCCCAAGAUGUCUUUGAAAAUAUGGUUCUUCAAUGUCCUCUGCUUGAGAAGUUGACUGUGAUGAACUUUGACGGUUUCUCCCAUCUCAACAUUGAUGCGCCAAAUCUCCAAUUCUUUGACAUGGGAGGUAAAUUUGAGGAUGUUAAUUUCAAGAGUACCUCAAAUCUGGCUGUAGUUUCCAUUGGCCUGUAUGAGCAUGUUGGCAACUCCUAUAGACGGGUUCCUAGCAGUUCUAGCAAUCUGCUCAAGUUUUUUGCUCACCUUCCUGGCAUCCAAAGACUUGAAAUUCAGAGUUACUUUUUAAAGUAUUUGGCUAUUGGUCCUGUGCCAGGAAGGCUGCCUAAACCAUGUCUAGUUCUGAACUAUCUUUCUCUACGGAUAAGCCUCAACGAUUUGGACGAGGUCUUGACUGCUGUAUGCAUUUUGAAAAGCUCUCCUGCUCUACAAGAACUAGAAAUUCUGGUCCGCCCAGAAGACUUGACUGUUAGUGGAACAGUUGACCUUCAGUUAGGUGAAAACUGGAACUGCCCUAUCACUCAACUGCGACUCGUGAAACUAAACGGCAUCUCAGGUACCAAACGGGAACUAGAAUUCAUCAGAUUUCUACUUUUGAGUUCACCUGCGCUCGAGAGGAUGACUAUGAAGCCUGCAUCAGUCGACUGUGCUUGGGAGAUAGUUAAAACUUUGCUUCUGUUUAGGCGUGCCUCGGUGCAGGCAGAGAUUCUCUACGUCGACCCAUGAUUCAUCAAUCAGUUUCGACAGGUAAGCAGGAAUGAAUGUAGGUUUGGUGGAGAAGUUUAUGAUGUAUGUUUGUUUGUCUGAGCAAAAUGUGUUUGCGGUCCUCAGUAACCCAUCUCACUAGCCCACCUUAGUAACCCAUCUCACUAGCCCACCUUAAACACAGUCUCUCUCUCAACGUCCAAAUAUCUCUCUCCAACGGUCCGGAUUUCUCUGGAGUGUGACAAGUGCGGAAAAACUUAUCAACCUUUGUUACUACUAUAUAUAAAACGGUAUUAAUUUUCUAAUACAAAACGAUCUUAAUCGACUUUUUCCA